GCAGAUAACUCAAAGCUAGCCCAGUAUGUGCGCUCCAACCGAGGAACCGAUCUUGUUUACCACGAAGGAAACACAUACACACCCAAUGAAAAGCUGAGGGAGGGACAAAAGAGUCGGGACUGGAAGUGCUCAAUGUACCACAAGGCCAAGUGCCGGGCACGCCUGGUUACUCGCAUCACCGGUGGAGGGGAUAUUAUUCACGUGACCAGCAACCUGCAUACACACCCCACAAUGUACACCACGCAGAAAAUUGACACACGCGUAGAUGACCAGAAACUGUGCCUCGAGAGGAAUCCACUCUGCGUUAACACACGAUCGAUCAAAAUGUAG